CCUGGCUGCACCAGGCAGGGUGUGCUCUUGCUGGUUGAAGCGUGUUGCUGAGCCUCUCUCUUGGGCGAUGCUUCUGCUCUGGGCCCUGCUGGCCCUCGGAUGCCUGCGGUGUGGCUGGACUGUGAACCUCCAGCCUCAACUGGCCAGUGUGACCUUUGCCACUAACAACCCCACCCUCACCACCGUGGCCUUGGAGAAACCUCUCUGCAUGUUCGAUAGCUCAGAGCCACUCAGUGGCACUUACGAAGUUUACCUCUAUGCCAUGGUCGACUCAGCCAGCUCCAGGAAUGUGUCUGUACAGAACAGCGCUGGAACUCCACUGAGCACCACCUUCCGGCAAAGCCAGGGUGGGAGGUCGGGCCCCUACAAAGCUGCAGCCUUUGACCUGACCCCUUGUGGUGACUUGCCUAGCCUGGAUGCUGUUGGAGAUGUGACCCAGGCCUCAGAGAUCCUGAAUGCGUACCUAGUCAGGGUGGGCAACAAUGGAACCUGUCUUUGGGACCCCAACUUCCAGGGCCUCUGCAACCCGCCUCUGUCAGCAGCUACUGAGUACAGGUUCAAAUAUGUCUUGGUCAACAUGUCCACAGGCUUGGUGCAGGACCAAACACUAUGGUCAGAUCCCAUCCGUACCAACCAGCCUACCCCAUACUCCGCCAUCGACACAUGGCCAGGCCGGCGGAGUGGCGGCAUGAUUGUCAUCACUUCCAUUCUGGGCUCCCUACCCUUCUUCCUGCUCGUGGGCUUCGCCGGAGCCAUCAUCCUCAGCUUUGUGGACAUGGGCAGCUCUGAUGGGGAAACAGCACACGACUCACAGAUCACCCAGGAGGCUGUCCCCAAGACCUCUGAACCUUCCUACACAUCUGUGAACCGGGGCCCACCCCUAGACAGAGCCGAGGUGUUCACCAGCAAGCUCCAAGACUGAAACCCCAGCCCCAGGUCAUGGGCUCCUCUCAGCCUGGUCUUUCAGUGUGCAGUGAUGGUGUUUAUUCUCUGACUGGACCAAAGGUGAAACAAAGCUUGAUGGUCCAACUUCAUGAAAAGCUUAAUAAAAUCUUAAGUGACAAUGUC